AUGGAGCGAACUAGGGCAGACGAGGAGAAGAGUAUUCAGAAUGCACCGGCAAUUGAAACGCCAUCGUCGGAGCUAAGCUCGCCGUCGCCGAAAAAUGCUUUCGAGCGAUUGAAUACCCGCCUAGCACAGUUCGAGUUCUUCGAGUCGCGUGGCAUCGAGCGCGUUCCACUCGGAGAACGCAAGCCCAAGGUCACAUCGGCGGACUAUAUGCAGAUGGCUGUGAUGUGGUUCAGUGUGAAUAUCACGGCGAACAACAUGGCCGUCGGUAUGCUCGGCCCGUCAAGCUACGGGCUGGGAUUUGUCGACUCCGCUUUAUGUGCUACCUUCGGUGCUCUAUUGGGAGCUGCAGGUGUUGCAUACAUGGGAACAUUUGGCCCAGUUAGUGGGAACAGAACCAUGGUUGUGGCACGAUACUUUAUGGGAUACUACCCUAGCAAAAUAUGCGCUCUAUUGAACAUAAUCAUCAUGCUGGGAUACGGUAUGGUUGACAGCAUUGUGGGUGGUCAAGUUCUCUCCGCUGUGGCUGGCAAUAACAUGACCGUGGCUGUCGGCGUGGUUAUCAUCGUAGUUAUCACUUGGAUCAUUGUCCUAUUUGGCAUGCGCAUAUUCCACAUCUAUGAACGUUGGGCUUGGAUCCCUCAGCUCAUUGCAGCUUUCAUCCUUGUUGGUAGUGCUGGUCCGAAGUUUGACACUUCGAUCGUUUCUACCGGCUCGCCGCAAACCAUCGCCGGCAAUCGCCUCUCGUUCUUUUCACUCUGUCUUUCCUCGUGUGUUGCUUGGGCCCCGGCUGGUGCCGAUUUUUAUGUCUACUUUCCACCCAGCACAAAGAAGUGGAAGACCUUCAUCAUGACAUUUCUCGGUACUGGCAUGGCCUUGUCCUUUGCCAACUUAAUUGGCGUUGGUCUUGGCUCCGGCACAGCCACCCAUCCUGACUGGGCAGUGGCCGAGAGUAUUUCCGCUGGCUCAUUAAUCCUCGCUGGCUACAACGGACUUGGUGGCUUUGGAAAGUUCCUAGGCGUCUUGGUUUCUAUGGGUCAGAUUGCGAACAAUGUCGCUGGAACUUACUCAGCCUCGUUGGGCUUCCAGAUGUUAGGUCGCUACCCGGCCAAACUUCCUCGGUGGGUCUGGACUUGUGUUGGAGUUAUCAUCUACCUUGUCUGCGCUGUAGCCGGUCGAAAUUACUUAUUCGCUAUCUUCGAAAAUUGGCUUGCGCUUAUGGGCUACUGGGUUUGCAUUUACCUUACAAUCGCUCUAGAGGAACACCUCAUCUUCCGCCGAUCAAGAGGAUUUGAUUGGGAAGCCUGGGCUGAUCGCUCAAAAUUGCCUCUCGGUCUGGCCGCAAUGACAGCCUUCUUGAUUGGCUGGGCUGGUGCAGUUCUCUGCAUGAACCAGAUCUAUUUCGCGGGCCCGAUCGCCAAGAUGGUAGGUGAAAAUGGUUCGGAUCUCGGUAUAUGGGUUGGCUCGUCGUGGGCCAUGUUGGUCUAUCCGGGUCUGCGAUAUUUAGAACUGAAGAGGUUCAACCGGUAA